AUGUCCAUCGGGAGUGAAGCGCCACCGGAAAAUGUGAACCCUGCCCCUAAAGUUGAUGCUCCUCCGCCCGUUUCUUCGCCCGUUUCUCCGCCCGUUUCUCCACUGUCUGUUUAUCCACCCGUUUCUCCACCGCCAGUUUAUUCACCCAUUUCUUCACGUAUUGCUCCGCCU